GCGGAGUGCGCCGGCGCGUAGUCGGGGACGCCGGCCCGGGCGCUUGCUAGGGAACCGGUGUUGUCGCCCCGCCCUCGGGCUUCGGGCCCGUUAACCGUCCGAGUGCGGGGCUCCGGCGACAUGCCGGUGCGCUUCAAGGGGCUGAGUGAAUACCAGAGAAACUUCCUGUGGAAGAAGUCCUAUUUGUCCGAGUCCUGUAAUCCCUCGGUGGGGCGAAGGUACCCCUGGGCGGGACUUAGAUCGGAUCAGUUAGGAAUCAUAAAAGAGCCAAGUUUUAUUUCGAAAAGAAGAGUCCCUUACCAUGACCCACAGAUUUCAAAGUCUCUUGAGUGGAACGGAGCUGUCUCAGAGAAGGACGCGGCUGCAUCCGCAGAGCCCGAAGCCCUGGGAGCACAAGAGGCAGAGCGAAGAGAAGGUGUGAAUCGAGACGAGGGUCUCUCGCUGGGUGCCUCCCGGGUUCCCAAGAGAACCAGGUCUCACUCUGCAGACUCCAGAGCGGAAGGGGCUUCCGACCCUGUGGAAAAUAAGGAGGACAGUGCAGCAGACCACACACCAGUGAACGAAAAUGUGGACCCGGAACAUUCUACCAAACUCCUCUCAGAAAACAUAGAUAAUGGGUUGGAGAGAUUCCUGCGGAAGAAGUCUGGCUUGGCGGUGGCUCCCUCACAGAGUGUCUUGAGAAAUUCCGAAUAUCAAAGGCAGUUUGUUUGGAAGACCCCGAGAGAAACUGCGCCAGGUUUUGCGGCCCGUCAGGUUUUCCACAAUAAAAGCAAAUUUGUUCCACAAUUCAAAGGUAACUCAAUCAUCCAUGAAACUGAAUACAAAAGAAAUUUCAAAGGUUUAUCUCCAGUGAAAGAAUCAAAAUUAAGAAAUGAUUUGAAAGAGAACGGAAGUUUUGAAACAAUAUCUCCUGAAAAGAAGUGUAAUAAAACAGAUGAUCCUUUAAAGUUAGAAGCAGAGAUGGAACCAAAAGACUCAAAGCAGCCUAAAAAGAAGCUUACUCCUUGGAGACAUCAAAGGCUUGGGAAGGUCAAUUCUGAAUAUAGAGCAAAGUUUCUGAGCCCAGCCCAGUAUUUAUACAAAGCUGGGGCCUGGACCCGCGUGAAGGAGAACGCACCCGAUCAGGGUUCUCUAAAUGCCAUGUGGUAUGCGGAGGUUAAAGAGCUCCGAGAGAAGGCUGCAUCUUACAGGAAGCGAGUUCAGGGGACACAUUUUUCUCGGGACCAUCUGAAUCAGAUUCUCUCUGAUAACAACUGCUUUUGGGAUGUCUCCUCAACCACAAGCUCAGAAGGAACUGUUAGCAGCAACAUCAGAGCACUGGAUCUUGCGGGAGAUCCUACAAGCCAUAAGACUUUGCAGAAAUGUCCUUCUACAAAACUAGAAGAAAAAAGGUCUGUCUUGGAGGACCAACCCCAGAAAAAUACCACGGAGAAAUUGGGCGUGUCAGAUGUGCCCACGACACCUGUUAGAAGGCGCCUGGCCUGGGAUGCAGAGGAUGCCAAUGAGGACACGCAGGAACAGCCGAGAGAGGAGGAGGAGCAGAGGGAGGGGGACAGGCAGGAUUCUCCCGGAGAGCUUGAGAAGUUGGAAGUACGUGAAAAGUCUAAGGUGGACGAGGUGAAAGAAGGGUCGGAUUCUUCCUCUGUCUCCUCGGGAAGGGGCGGCAGGCUUCCUACUCCAAAGCUGAGAGAGCUUGGUGGGAUCCAGAGGACUCAUCACGACCUCACCACCCCGGCCGUCGGGGGUGCUGUUUUAGUGUCUCCCUCCAAACUGAAGCCUCCAGGCCCGGAGCAGAGGAAAAGAACGCCGCCUCAGGAUGGCGUGGGGACCGCGGAGAGGGAUUCCAGGAAGAAAGAAGGUCACGCUGUAGCUCUCCUGACUUCUCCAGCUGCUGGUAUAAAAACGAUUGAUCCUCUGCCUUUGAGGGAGGAUUCUGAAACCAGUAUCCCCAAAUGUGCUGAGCCAGCCCUUCCAGUUCCGAAAAUUCCCGACUAUCCAGCCAGCCCCGCGGGGCAGUCUCCUCCGGCCCGCGCGCCGUCCUACUGGCAUCCCUCUCGUCGCAUUCAGGGCUCUCUGAGAGACCCCGAGUUCCAGCAUAAUGUGGGAAAGGCAAGGAUGAACAAUUUCCAGUUACCUCAGCACGGAGCCUUUAACGACGAAGAUGAGGACAGAUUAUCUGAGAUUUCCGCUCGCUCUGCAGCUUCUAGUCUCCGGGCUUUUCAGACUCUGGCACGAGCUCAAAAAAGGAAGGAGAAUUUCUGGGGCAAAACAUAAUUAUACGUACACUUGAUUGAGUUGCUUUUGUCUGGGGAACCACUGGCAUAAUUUUUGUUUAUUGCUUUGCUAUGUUAAGACUUUUCAAGUGUUCGGAUUUUUCUCUAACGUUUCCUACUUUCAAAGAUUUGUUUGAUUUUUUUCAAUAGCCAAUUCAGCUUCGUUGGAAAAUUUUAACACAGGUUCAUACAAAUCUAACUUUUCAAGCAUUCUCUUACAUCUCUGCCGAAGGACAAAGGCGUAGACUGCGUGGUUCUUCACACACGCUGGCCACGGUGUCAGGGUCGGGAUCGCUGGCAGGACUGUGGCUCUCCCAUCCUGAGAAUGCUCUGAAACAGGAACAGAGUGAAGUAAAAAUGAGGACCCACGUGUGAGGUGGACGCUCCCCUAAGAUUGGUUCUCCGUACCUUUAUAAUUGGAGACGUCAUAAAAUGAAUUUCUCGUUCCUUUAAGCGUCACUGUGCUGUUUCUUUUGACUGUAGUACCUUCGUAUGUGGCUGCAAUGUUAAGAUAAUUGUAUUUUAGAUGGAAAAUACCAGCUGUAUAUAUUUUUCUUAUUUAUGUAACAAAGUUUGCUGAGAGAAUAUGUAUAUUUUUGAUCUUUGUGUGUAUUCUAUUUGUAUAAGGACUUUGGCUUACAUUUGAAUAAUGUCUAAAUUUUGAAAAACUAUUUGUAUAAUGGAGAAUUAAAACUUUGUAGACAUUUUGAAAUAAAAAAUUGAUCAAGUGUUUCAUUUCUGUUUGCUUCUCCAGAAAGUUAUUACAUGGAACAAAUAAUUAUCUUUUAGAAACAUUCCGCUCAUAACAGGUUAAUCAAAUGUUAUACUACUUUUGCAGCUGUCCAAAUGCAAUGCAACUGAGUCUACAGUAUUUUUGCACAAAUGCAAGACAAAUACAGAAUUUCCAAGACAGCUUCAUUUUUUAAAAUUUAACACAAACUUUUUAACUAGAUGUCUUCACUCAUAGGACAUGUUCUCUUAUCUUACUCUUUAUCUUACAAAUCAUUAAUUUUCUAAAAAAUAUGGAUUUCAUAAAAUAUGACAUAAGAUCCUUAUAAUAGUACAUAGAAGAUACUGAAAAUAAAAUACACAGAAUAUUUGUGAUUUUUGGUUAGAAAACAAAUG